AUGGAGAACACUCGGUACUGCCUCCUUGCUUGGAUAAUUGCCGUUGCAACCUUAUUUACCCUUGCGGCAACUCUCGGUGGUGGGGCUUAUCUAUGUGGGACUUAUUGCUACACCAAACCCAACAGUGGGCAGUGCAUUUUUGGCGGGUUUUUGAUGCUGGGAGCCAUCGUACUUGUGGCCAGCGGCAUGUACUUGGAUCAGCGGUUGUGUUUUUGCUAUUCCGGAUUGGAGGAUGACGUGGAGAAAGAUGUUGAUGACAUUGAAUUUUAUCGCGCAAGAAGACCCGCUGUUUUUCCUAUACCGGAAAGUCAUUAA